CGGAAGAAAGACUUAACGCGGGAGAUUCUUAUUUCCUAGUCUGCCUUACAUGCUGUACAACUGUAGUUUUAAAGUAAGGGAAUGUAGUUUCGACGUAUGGGACUUUUAUUUUCAGAAAUUCACUACUGGCUGUAAACAGGGAGCAGACUGAUUUUUUUUAUAGCAGAGUAGUAAUUUUGUCCAUUAAUACUUAACAAUAACUAAACCAGAGAUGGCUGUUUCUUUAGAAACUAUUGUGGAAGAAAUGAGAAUGUUUGAGGUGGAGGUGGAGCAGGAUGACGUAACAGAGAAACUGGUAGAGCUCUGUAGAAUCUACAGACUGAAGGAAGCAGACAUUGCCAAUAAAUGGGUUGCCUACAGCAUCACCAAGCAUGGACUGAGCCUUACAUUGGAAAAUCUUGAGAACUUUGAACAUGACAGUCUCAGCAAAGAAGCAAAUAAAAUACGGAAAACUGCUAAGAGAGACAGAUCAUUAGGAACAAAAGACCUGGCCUCUCUUCAGGAACUUAUCCAAGCAGAAGAGGAAGAGGAGAAUUUAUUAGAAUCCUAUACAACUCCUUCUAAAGGGUCCCAGAAGAGAGUCUUGACCACUCCAGAAAACCCACAGUCUAAGAGGGUGUUUGCUCUCAACCGAAGUCCUCACCUGCUAUUUUCUCCAUCAAGCUUCUCUCCCAGUGCUACCCCUUCACAAAAGUAUAGCAGCAGAACAAACCGUGGUGAGAUUGUGGCCUCAUUUGGAACAGCACAGGCAACAUCGUGGCAUGGUUCAAGUGGGCAGACUGCUGUCAUUGAACUCCUUAAUGGUGCCGAAGAGUCCCUUACAAAGAACUACAAGUAUAUGUUCCAGAAGCUCUUGGAUGUCCGAGAUGUUUUGUCCUUCAAAAUAGAAGAACUUGGCUGUGCUUUGAAGGAUCAUUAUAAAAUUGAGGAGUUUUCUUCAGUUUCACUCCCUGCUCAGGAGCCAGUAACUGUACUGGGACAGAUAGGCUGCGAUAGUAAUGGGAAGCUGAAUGCAAAGUCUGUAGUAAUGGAAGGAGAUCUUGAACAUUCGUCAGGAAUGCAUGUUCCAAUGGAUUUAUCAGAACUCAAAGAGUAUUCUCUUUUCCCAGGACAGGUUGUGGCUGUGGAAGGACUAAACAGCACAGGGAGAAGACUAAUUGCUUCCAGGAUUUUUGAGGGAGUGCCACUGCCUUUUUUUAAUGCUAUUGACUCAACAAAAGAAGAAGUCUUAGGAGACUUAAAACAGCAAAUGAUAUUAGUAGCAUGUGGGCCUUAUACAACAUCUGACAGCAUCACGUAUGACCCUAUGAUGGACCUAAUUGAGAUAAUCAAGAAGGACCAGCCUGAUGUCUGUAUUCUGCUUGGACCAUUCCUGGAUGCCAAACAUGAGCAAGUUGAGAACUGCCAGUUGACUGAACCCUUUGAAGUUAUUUUCAACCGCUGUUUGAAAGGGAUUAUUGAAGGAACACAGAGUUCAGGAUCACAUUUGAUAUUUGUACCAUCUCUUCGAGAUGUACACCACGAGUUUGUAUACCCACAACCACCAUUCAGUUGUUACAGCCUAUCCAAGGAAGAAAAGCAGAGAGUGCACUUUGUUUCUGAACCUUGCAUGCUUAAUAUAAAUGGAGUUACUUUUGGCUUGACCUCCACAGACAUUCUGUUUCACAUGGGUGCAGAAGAGAUUAGCAGUUCUUCUGGUGGUUCAGACAGAUUCAGCCGGAUCCUAAAACACAUCCUUACACAAAGGAGUUAUUAUCCACUUUACCCACCAGCUGAAGAAGUGAAUAUAGACUAUGAAAGUUUCCAGUCCUUCGCUCAGAUGACAGUUAGACCAGAUGUUUUUAUUGUGCCAUCUGAACUACGAUAUUUUAUUAAGGAUGUGAUUGGUUGCAUCUGCAUGAAUCCUGGAAGGCUAACGAAAGGACAAGUUGGCGGGACAUAUGGACGCCUAUAUAUCAGAAGGAUGGCAGUUCGAGAAGAACAUCAGUCUCCUUGCAUAGCAGCACAAGUUGUGAAAAUUUAAUUUUCCUUUCAAGUCAGAAAAUAACUUGGAACUUUUUGAAGUUAAGCACAGCAUGGACUAAAGUGUUUAAUUUUUAACAUCAGCUUUAUUGAAGAAAAUUUGUCAGCCUUCCUUACGCAAGCCUGUUUUACAAGACAUUUUUUUAUUCAGGAUUAUCAAGCUACAGUUCUACUUUAUUUGCAAAAAAGUAGAAUACUACCUACAACCAACUGAGCAAGUUGUAUUGCCUGGUAUGGUAGUUGGUGUGUAUGACAGCAAUGUUGUGGAAUGCUCAUGGACCUCUCUUGCAUGGAAGUGCUUAUGUUAUCACCUGUAACUUCCAGUUUUAAAAAUCUGGUUUCCAGAUGAAAUCCCAAACAGGAGGAGCUCCACUGAGCUUUUUUGAGUAAUGUUGCUACUGAUUCUGAAGUUAAGCUGUGAUCUCAUUUGCAAAGUUUGAAAUUAUAAGCAUUUUUCACUUUUAUAUUAUGGAAGAUUAUAAAUAAAAGAAAAGACCAUU